GAGCUAAGRAAUACAGAAGAUUUAAAGUGGAACAACUACUUUGGCUUCACUGACGUCAAUUUACGUCAUUCUCAACCAAGUAAAUACCUGGAACUCAAGGAAGUGGAAGAGACGUUCACGUCGUUCAUUCAAGCAAACCCAAAAUAUAACCAAUUCUCUAUGAAUGUAUGACCUACGAAUUUAYGUAGCUACGAGUUUAAUCGACUCAAAGGCCCGUAGCCAGAAUUUUGUGGUUCCCCAAUCCCCCACGAAAAAAUAACGAUAAGAUGAACGCCUGCCUGCCCAGGCUAAACCUGUGGCUACGGUCCUAACUCAGACUUACGUUCGUCACGACAGAGAACCUCAGUAAUAUAGGAAAACAAACCUCAUAAUCAUCAGGAUGCCAAACAAAAAAAGACCAAGCAAGCAAAAAGGAAAGCUCAAAUUCUUGGGAGACGAAGAAGAACCCAAGAGCUUGCGCAACAAUACGGUGCAUCCCACAUGUGUCAUAGCAGGAGAAGACAUAGUAGAACAUGCUGUUAUCGGCGAAGGUUUCUAUGCAACAGUAAAAGUUGGAAGCUGGACACGUCAUGACAAGAAAGAGGAAAAGGUGGCCAUCAAAUGCAUCAAAGAAGAGGUGGUCAGAGAUCAUCUGGGAGAAAUUCUAACAGAAGCAAAUAACAUGGUCAAACUAGAACACGACAAUGUGAUAAAACUGUAUGGGAUAUGUCUAGUAACGAGGGAGAAUGAACAAUGCAAAGUAAAACUGGUAACAGAAUACGCACCUUUUGGACCUCUUGUCGCGGUUAUUCAAGAUAAAGAUGAGGAACAACGCAGGUUUUUCUGUCAAGUAACAAAACUAUUAGAAUUUGCCAGUCAAAUCGCGAAAGGAAUGCAGUACUUGCACAGUAAAAACCUGAUUCACUUUGAUCUGGCUGCACGUAAUGUACUUGUAGUAGCACCGAACAAGGUUAGAAUCAGUGACUUUGGGUUAGCAAGAGUCCUUUGUCAAGAUGAGAAGAAGAUAUUAUUAGAAAAGCCGAUAGCUGUUGCAUGGUGUGCACCAGAGCUGUUCAAGAACCAACUUGCAACUAAAGGGUGCGAUGUUUGGAGUUACGGUGUGUUGUUGUGGGAAUUAUUGUCAUUCGGAGAGAAACCUUGGAAAGAUCUCUCUAUUGAGCAGGUAAGACGUCACUAUACAUCAUACAAGGCUACCUACUUUUUCAUCUUCGAAGACCAAGGUGGCCAUGUUGGUGCUAUUUAACAAAAUAUUUCUCAUUAGCAUGCAYUGUUAAUAGGCCCU